AUGGAAGCCUCUGCGGAGCAGUCCAAGAGUGCCUUGAAGAAGGCAGAGAAGCAGGCCAAGCUCGCUGCUGAAAAGGCCGCCAAGGCCGCCAAGAAGUCGAACCUUCCCGUCGUCGGAGGCAAGAAGACGGACGACAUCAUUGGAAUCACAAGCCUCAAGGCCGAGAAUUUCUCAGCAUGGUAUCAAGAGGUGGUCCUCAAGGCCGAAAUGGUCGAAUACUACCAGGAGAUAUCGGGCUUUUUCGUCUUGCGCCCUCUGUCCAUGUAUAUCUGGAACACCAUUCGAAAAUGGUUCCAGGAACGCAUUGAAGAGAUGGGCGUGGAGGAAACUAGCUUCCCCCUUUUCCUUUCCAAGGCCUCGCUGGACAAGGAAAAGGAUCACGUCGAGGGUUUUGCCCCCGAACUUGCUUGGGUCGAAAGGGCCGGAGACAAGAAGCUAGAGGUCCCCGUCGCAAUCCGUCCGACUUCCGAGGCGGUCAUGUACCCAUACUACUCGAAGUGGAUUCGCAGCCACCGGGAUCUCCCUCUGCGACUGAACCAAUGGAACUCCGUUGUGCGCUGGGAAGCCAAGCAGACCACUCCCUUCCUCCGCACUCGAGAGUUUCUUUGGCAAGAGGGCCACACGGCUCAUUUGACCGAGGAACUGGCCAGCAAGGAAGUGCUGGAGAUUUUGGAGCUGUACGCAGGUGUGUACGAGCAACUUCUUGCGGUUCCUGUUGUUCGUGGCAAGAAGACGGAGAACGAGAAGUUUGCCGGAGGUUAUUACACCACCACGGUUGAAGGAUAUAUUCCCUCCAACGGUCGAGGCAUCCAAGGAGCAACUUCUCACGCUCUGGGGCAAAACUUCAGCAGGAUGUUUCAAAUCUCAGUCGAGGACCCCCAGAACAAGGGGCAGCAUGUCAAUGUCUGGCAAAACUCCUGGGGUCUUUCCACGCGGGUCAUUGGCGUAAUGGUCAUGGUUCACGGCGAUGAUAAAGGUCUCGUCCUUCCUCCUCGCAUCGCUCAGAUCCAAGCAAUUCUCGUCCCCGUGGGCAUCAACAAGAACACGACCCCUGAAGACAGGAAAAAACACGAAGAGCAGAUGGACAGCAUGCGCGCGACCUUGAAAAAAGCCGGGGUCCGCGCCGAUUCGGAUUGGAGAGAGGGCUACACGCCCGCGUGGAAGUUUAACGAUUGGGAGAUGAAAGGCGUGCCGUUGCGGCUCGAGUUUGGCCCCAAGGAUGCCGCCAAGGAAGUCGUUUCCUUCGCUCGACGCGACACGGGUGACAAGGGCACCAUUCCUAUCACUGACCUCGCCACCAAGAUCCCCGAGCUUCUGGAAACUAUCCAGGCAGACAUGUACAGGAAGGCAGAGUCUGCCUUUAGAGAGCAUCGCCAGAAGAUUACCAAUUGGGAAGACGUCCUCCCAGCCCUUGAUGCGAAGAAUGUCGUCCUCAUUCCCUUUUGCUUGGACGGCAAGUGCGAGGAUCGCAUCAAGGAGCUGACGACCAGGGCAGAUGACGACCGAGAUGUGCCCGAAAACCAAAAGCUUCCUUCAAUGGGUAUGAAGAGUCUCUGCAUCCCAUUCGAGCAGCCUGAAGGAGACGAGCUGGUUCCGGGCGAGACGAGCUGUCUAAACCCCGAGUGCCAGGGCAAGGCCCAGAAAUGGGUCAUGUUCGGCAGGAGCUAUUAG